AUGCUGCCAUUCCUCUACCCACGAGCCUCGGGCUCCUCGUUGCGCCAGGCUGCCGCCAUGAUCGGCAGCGUAUCCUCGAGCUGCGGCAGAUCUGCUACCGUCGUCGCGAGGCGCCGCGCCACCAACGCACCGCACCAGCCCGCCACAUCGCCGGCCAACGCGCUCCUCUUCAGCACCUCGUCCCGCGCACAAGUACCCUCGUCGACCUCAAAGGCCGACAGCGGCGCCCAGACGACCGGCUACGCAUCUUCCUCGUCCUCCAGCUCCUCGCCUCCGCCGUUCCUACCGCAUCGUCAGCCGAAGCAAACACGGCAAGGGCAACACGAGCAGGCCUCGACUCCAAGAUCCUCAGACGCCUCUGAUUCUUCAGCAGAACUGGCAGCUUCCACUUCGACGUCGACCGUAGACUCGGGCGCAUGCGCUACUCUUUCCCCCUCGUCGCCCUCUGCGCCACGCUCUCAAAAGGUUGCAGCCACCACGCCGCCGGCCUCGGUCGCCGACAGCGCCGAAUCGUCCAAGCUGACACCCUCGGAAGCCGCCGACCUGGCCAAGAAGCCCGACGUCGCCGCAUCGAUGCCCAACGCCACGCAGCUGCAGCAGGACAAGGCGCAGCCCCAGCCUGCCGCGCCCAAGAAGGCCCCGUCCGACCGAGGCACGAGAUUCCGGGCCCAGAAGGCCGCUCUCAACCUGACACCCGCGGCAGUGCUGCGCCUGCGCUCGCUGCUCGAGUCCGACAGCGGGCCCAAGCUGAUCCGUGUCGGGGUCAAGAACAAGGGGUGCGCCGGCAUGUCGUACCACCUCGAGUACAUCGACCCGAGCCAGGCGGGCAAGUUUGACGAGCGCGUCAAGCAGGACGGCGUCGAGGUCCUCAUCGACAGCAAGGCCCUCUUCAGCAUCAUUGGCUCCGAAAUGGACUGGCAGGAGGACCGCCUGUCGGCCAAGUUUGUCUUCAACAACCCGAACGUCAAGGAGGCGUGCGGGUGCGGCGAGUCGUUCCUCACCUAG